AUGUCAGCUGAGAAGAAUUGGAAUAACUUAUCUGUAAAAUUGAAAUGCCGAUGUCUAAUGAAUUUGAAUUUUAAAACAAGAUAUCGUUUCCGCAGAACAUCAAAAAGCGAAAUGUCAAUAAUUGAUGGUUUACCGAUCAGUUUUGAAAGUGUCACUGUAAUAAAUGAGGAUCUGAAUCCAUGCACUUCAGUGGUAAUUGUUCAAGACAAGAACAGUAAGUUCACUAUUACAUCUCGGCAAUUGUAUUUCAAACAAGACACGAUUCUACCUCUUUUGAAUUAUAUUCUCGAGAAGGGACACGUGGAACAGUUUGUUGUGAGAAGUUCUGAAAAAGAUGAAGUGUUUUCAGAUGGUCCCAAUCUAGAAGAUAGUGUAGCCAUGAAAUGGGAAUUGAGCCGAUUCUUGAGAGAAAUGAAACAGACACUUCAUGUGAUGGAAGAAGCAUCAAAACCGAAAACCAAUUGGAGUGAUCUACCCUCGGAAUUGAAAAUGGAGUGUAUUGAUUAUAUGACGUUAAUGGAAAGAUGGAACCUUCGACAAACCGCUCAUGUUGAGAGAGAUCUUGUUAAUUCUCGAAAAAUAUUCGCUGAAACUGUAAUUGUGGAUGAUAAGUUCUUCAGUUUCACGACUAAAUCUGGAAUCGGAAACUUCUUUAUAAGUUAUGGGUAUGAUCCCGAUAAACUGAGAAGAACAUGCCCAUUCAUACUCUUUGUAUUUCAAAAAUUGGCCGCUAAUGUUUUGAAAAUAGAUGAUGAAAACUGUCGUAUGUUCAGCACACUAACGAUUCCUCAGAUGGAGACUGAAUGUUUGGAACUCAACACAAUCAUCUUUUUUCAUAACAGCUUUUUCGAACUGUACUGCUGGCUCAGCAUGCUGAAGAAAUGUGUCAAUGUUGUACUUGUGGAAAGGGACGGAGCAGACUUGAAUAAAUUCCCAGACUUACCAGCGGUUCUCAACGCGGAAACGAUUCAAUAUAUUGAUGCCAAAAAUAUAGGAGUACUUGAAAGUUUCUUAAAUGCGUGGAGUAGACAACAUCCAAAACUAAAUAGCAAUUUUCAAAUGCGUUUAAAGUCUUUUGAAAGCAUUGAGUCGCUGAAAAAAAUGAAUUCAUGCAUAGAAUCACGAGUCGGACAGAACGAGUGUUUCGAUAUGAUUGUUUUAGAUACAAAUGAUCCAGAAAAAGAAGUUUUUGUUGUUCAAAAGACUAAACAACGUGAAGUUUUCGUUUUUUUGCUUUCAGAGAAUCAAGAACUGUCUACUGAAUUUUUGGCAUGGAAACAAUUUGUCAAACACUGA